AUGCGGAUACCGAAAACGUCUCCAGUUUCACCAAUGCUCAGCUUUUUGAACAAAAAACACAAAGACAGCUUAAUUCAAUCCCCAGAUAUCCAAAAUGUGUCAACUAUUUCUGAAGAAUGUGUUAAUUUUCGUCAGGUCUCCAAGGUUUGCCCAGAUUAUAUGGAUGAAGAAAAAAACCGUAUGGAUGAUAAUUGUGAUAAAUCUGUGGAGAGUUUCAUUACAGUGGAUAAAUCAGUUUCAGACAUGUUGUUAUGCAACAAUCUCGAUAUUUUGUACAAACGUUUGAAACACGAAGCAGACAGUUUGGAAACUUGGAAAUGUGAUACAUUAUCAAAAUUGAAGGAAAAGUGUAUGCACUUGCAGUCAUUUCAGUCUCUGGUGGAAAAUCUAAGAAGAGCGAACGUCGACCUUCAAAUGAAUUUAGAAAAUGUUAGUUUUAAAUAUAAAGAUGAACUAGUGCGAAGAGACAAGUUGAGAGAAAAAAUUUCAUAUCUUAAAGAUAAUAAUGACGUCUUAGAGGUGAAAAUUGAAAAAUUAGGUGAAGCGAGUUUAACAAGUAACCUCUUGAAGCAUGCUGUUAUUGCUUGUAGUAAAGAAAAAGUUCUUCCAGAUGGAAUGGUUGUGUACCUCACUCCUACAGAACUUCAUAGAUAUCAGGAUUUGUAUAACAAUUCAGUCAAUAAUAGCAAAUUUAAUCUGAAAGCACUUAAAGAAUCAAACACUAAAUUAGGUGAAAAAAAUAAAGACCUGGCAGAUGAGCUACUGUUUUGCAGACAAAGGUACCAAGACGAGGUGAUUCAACUGCAAAUUGAGAUUGACCAGCUCAGCACUGAAAAGAUUGAGCUAAAAGAGUCGGAGAAAAACCACAUAUGCACAAAUGAGAAGUACGUUUCGCGUAUUAAGGAUCUGGAAAAUGCUUUAAAAAAUGAGGAGAUGGGUAAAGAAAAAUUUGAAGAGAGGUUGCGGACUACGGAUAAAGAAGCCCAAAAGCUCAAGUGUUUGUGUUAUGAGUUCUACCACAAAUGGGAGAUCAAACUAAAAUUUUUGAAUACCUUUCAUGAAAGAAUUAUUAACCUUGGAAAUCAAGAAAUCGAAUCACGAAAGCAUGAACAAAGAAAUAUAAAAGAUGAAGAAAUUCUUACCAACCUCAGUAAACAGAAACAAAGCAUUCUUGAGUUGGUUAGAGAAACUAAAGAGAGAUCAUUUAUCAUGCGUGAUUUCGAAAUGCGUCUUUAUCAAACAUGUGUUGACCUCACAAUGGAAAAUCAGCUUCUAAAAUCUGAUCACGAAGGCUUGAUCAUGUUUAAGGAAAACGUUGUAGAACUGGAAAAAGAAGUUGAAUCCUCACGUAUAAGGGAAAAUAAACUUCGGGAAGCACUAGAAGAGUGUCAUAUUCGGAACGAAAAACUGCAGGUGGAUAAUGAUGCAGUGCAUGCUAAGUACGGUGAAUCUCAAGAAAGUCAUUUGAAGGCACAAACCUUUAUUAAACUUCUUCAAGACAAAGUGAAAACGAUUCGCCGCGAAAUGAAUGAGCUGAAAAAGAGGACCGCUGAUGUUGAAAUAGAACUACAGGAAGAAAAGCUAAAUGCUUCGAAAUCUAAAGAGUUUCUUCAAGUUUCUGAAACCAAAUUCCAUGAACUGAAAAUGAGAGAUGAAAAGCACCAAAAAGAUCUUAAUAUGAUGCACUUAGAAAUGAAGGAAAAAGAAGAGCAGCACGAAGAAAUAAAACGUCAGUUAAGAGUUCUUAAUCAGGAAAAUGAGAAAAAUAUGUUAAAGCAGAUACAACUAACUCAUGAUAUAAAUGACCUCACAAUGCAACUAGAAUAUUCAAGACAAGAAAUCGGACAACAAAAGUCAAGAGAAAAGAUGAUCCAGGAACAAAAUCAAAGACUAGAAAAUGCCAAGAUGGAACUGCAGAAACAAAAUGACAGCAUGAGUAGUGAGUUAAUGUCUUUAAAAGAAAGGGUGAAUCAGCAAGACAACGAGCUGAAGCAGAGACAAGGGGAUAUUGACAGCUUAAGAGAGAUAAUCGAUAACAAAAACAUGGAGAACUCGAAGAGUAACAAAAAAGUGGAUAAAAAGUUGAAUGACUUACUGAAUCUCGUCGAGAAGCUCAGAGAACAAACAAAGGAAUUAAAUCGAGAUAAGAAAGAAAUUCUAAAGAAGCACACAGCGAAAGAAAAAGAGGUCAAAAAGUUAGAAGCGAAGGUAUUGAGUCAAGAAAAAGAGUUAGAAGAGGCGAAUGAUGAAAACGACAGGCUACGUGAAGAAAUAAAGAAAAUGAAGCAAAAACAAAUCGAACAAGACAUAAUAUUGGCUGAUAAUGACAAAGAACUAAUGAAACUUCGAUCUACCGAAAAGGAAUAUCGAGAAUUCCAGCACCAAAUUUAUUCAAACUCCCCACCUGUUAGCACGCAGCUGCCAAAAGAGAUCUAUGAAAAAAGCAUAAAUGAAACACCAGUUAAUAUAUCGAAAGGCAUAUUGAGACAAACAGGUUCAACAGUCAAACGUAGAAGAGUUUUCUUUGAGUUAACCGACGAUAAAAACCCUGCAACAAAUGAAUUGGACAAUCAAAGUGAAUCGAAUGUUGUGAACGAAGAAUUUGAAUCCCCAAUCAAUACAAAUAUGAGCCCAUUUUUGACGAAUACACCUAGGUUUCACAAAGUGCAAGCACUUGAGAAAGUGGCUAAGUUACGAAAAACGCCGAAAAAGACCAGUUGCAAAAGUACGAAAGAUACUAUUACAGAAAAGAUAGAAAAGUCUUGGUUUGACUGCGAACGAUUAUUUGGUUCUGGUGCUGAAGAUUAA